AUGCAACAGGAGAAAGUGAUGAUGAUGAGGGAUCCAGGUCCAAAGGAGCCGCUGGACGCCAUCUUGAGGCGUCUGCAGGAGGACGUGGUGACUUUUGUCAAAGAGCAGCUGCAGAGGAUCCAAAGGCUCCUGGCCUCAGAUUACCCAGAAUGCUCUGAGAGUGAGGAGGAGAGCAGAGAGGUUCUGAAGAUCGCCCUGGACUUCCUGAAGAGGAUGAAGCAGGAUGAGCUGGUCCAGCGCCUGCAGAGCAGAAGCACUGUUGGAGUUUGUAGAGAUGAACUGAAGAAGCAGCUGCAGCAGAAGUUCAGCCGUGUGUUUGAGGGCGUGGCUAAAGCAGGAGACUCCGCCCCCCUGACCCAGAUCUACACAGAGCUCUACAUCACAGAGGGCGGGGCCUCAGAGGUCAACCAGGAACAUGAGACCUUCUACAGCUCUGGACAGAACCUGCUGAAGACUCUACAGUCCUCUGAGAACCUGCAGAAGACACCACAGUCCUCUGAGAACCUGCUGAAGACACCACAGUCCUCUGAGAACCCGCUGAAGACACCACAGUCCUCUGAGAACCCGCUGAAGACACCACAGUCCUCUGAGAGCCUGCUGAAGACACCACAGUCCUCUGAGAACCCGCUGAAGACACCACAGUCCUCUGAGAACCCGCUGAAGACACCACAGUCCUCUGAGAGUUCUGAGUCUGACCUGGAUGAGAGCAGUUCGGAUUCAGACGAUCAUUAUUCAGACUGGUAUGAGAGUGCAGAGGGAACCUUCUACCGCUGUGCUGUGGACCAGGCCUUACAGAGUCCAAACGGACACCUGGACCUGUUCCUGCGCUUCCUCCUGGGGCUGUCUCUGCCGACCAAUCAGAGGCUGCUGUCAGACUCAGCCCUGCAGGACUUUGACCUGAGGAAAUACCGGGCCUCAGAGAGAGCUCUCCUGGGUCUGCUGCCGGUGGUCAGAGCCUCCACCAAAGUCCUGUUGAGGGACAGUGGACUGUCCCCUCACAGCUGUGGUCCUCUGGCCUCAGUCCUCAGCUCCUCCAGUCUCACACACCUGGAUCUGAGUAACAACGACCUCCAGGACUCAGGAGUGGAGCUGCUGUGUUCUGGACUGAAGAGCGCCCCCUGUGGACUGCACACUCUCAGGCUGUCUGGAUGUCUGAUCUCAGAGAGGGGCGGGGCUGCUCUGGCCUCAGCUCUAAGCCCCGCCCCCUCCCAUCUGAGAGAGUUGGACCUGAGCUACAACCAUCCAGGAGGUUCAUCAGAGCUGCUGAAGGCUCUACAGGACGACCCACACUGCCCCCUGCAGGAACUCAGGUUGGAUCCUGCUGGAGAACAGUGGAUGGUUCCAGGUCUGAGGAAGUAUUCCUGUCGAGUGUCUGUGUUCCUGGACUCUGAGGCUGGAUCUCUGUCCUUCUAUGAGGUCGUCUCUGAUGGAGAACUGUUCCACCUCCACACCUUCACCUCCUCCUUCUCUGAGCCUGUGUUUCCUGGGUUUAGACUGGAUGAUGAAGGUUCCUCUGUGUCUGUGGUGGAUCUGAGGAGAGCGCCCCCUGCUGGACUGAGGUCUGAAGGUUCCUCUGUGUCUGUGGUGGAUCUGAGGAGAGCGCCCCCUGCUGGACUGGGGUCUGAAGGUUCCUCUGUGUCUGUGGUGGAUCUGAGGAGAGCGCCCCCUGCUGGACUGAGGUCUUAA